AUUCCGGGUGGUUGCAAUCCCGCCCAUCCUGGAUCAUGCCCUGAUUCCUACUUCUCAACCAGUGCUUCGGCGCCCGUUCCAACCAGCAUUCCUGGUGGCUGCAACCCCGCCCACCCCGGCUCAUGCCCUUCCUCCUACUUCUCGACGCUGGUCACUGUGCCUGUUCCAACCAGUAUUCCCGGCGGCUGCAAUCCUGCUCACCCAGGCUCUUGCCCUACGCCCACUACCGCCCCAGCACCACCAGCCUCAACUCCCACCAAGGCUGCCGAUAAGACUUGGUCCAUAACUGGCCUAUCCCGUUACUGCGGCGACGACAACACAGGCUGCGACUACAACUUUGCUAUCGAGGCCAACGGCAAGACCGAACGGUGCACCAUCAUCCGCAUGCCCGGUUCCAACGCUGCCACCGAGAGCUGGUCUAAUCAGCCAUGCUCCACCGGAUCUGAAUUUUCCGUUUCUUGGGGAUAUGUUGCCAACCCAGCUCCUGCCUUUGCUGUCAUCACUGUUACCAGUGGCAAGGAGAUUUCUUGGUUCGGCGUCUCCAAUGUCAAUGGCCAGGCCGUCACCCCUAGCAACCCCUUCGGUUCUGGCAGCUUCGGUGACCUAGGUCCAAAGGAGGUCUACACC